AUGGGGAUGUAUCAAUGGCUACAGUAUGCCAAUGAUGAUGAGAGCCCAGAGAAAGUUUGCAAAUGCUCAGCAAUCCUGCAGGGAGAGAAGGAAGAAUUGCAGAAAGCCAAAUUACUGACCAUCACCAAAGACUUCCAGAAGAUUAUUCAGAUCCCUGAUGAGUAUUAUAUCAAUGCAACCCAAGACUGCAGGAAAUUCAAAAUAACCAGGAAAUACAUAACAAUCCCGUUAAGCAAGGAAGAAGAGGAGUUUCCUCUGGCUUACUCUAUGGUUGUACAUCACAAGGUGCAAAACUUUGAGCGACUACUGCGAGCUAUCUACACACCUCAAAAUAUUUAUUGCGUCCAUGUGGACAAAAAAGCACCGGCCUCAGUCUUUAUUGCCAUCAAUGCCAUUACUUCCUGUUUCCAAAAUGUGUUCAUGGUCAGCAAGCCUGUGAAUGUGGUCUACGCUGGAUGGACACGUGUACAGGCUGAUCUUAACUGCAUGGCUGAUCUCUAUAACACCAGUACAACAUGGAAAUACUUUAUCAACCUCUGUGGUCAGGAUUUCCCUCUAAAAAUGAACUCACCUGGAGAGAAUGGCGUUCCUGGCAAUGCUGCUCCAAGCCUGGUUGAAUUUAAGUCUUCCUUCACCUGGCUGGAGGCAAAGUUCGAUCAAGUUUGCCUAGCUGUGGAUGAACAUGGCCAGCGUUUGUCUUCGCUCAAGCUGGCAACGGAAGAUGCGGGUCAGCGGAUCAAAGAGCUCAAAGAAGCAUAUGGUAACCUUCCAGGGUCUAACUCCAAACUGGCCACCAAAGUCAUCGACCUAGAAGGCAGCAGCCUUAAUCUGCCCAUACUAUCAGGAAAUGCCUACAUUGUGGUCAACCGAGGUUACAUUCGCAGUGUGUUGGAAGACGAGCGAAUACAGGCCCUCAUUGAGUGGGCCAAAGACACCUACAGUCCUGAUGAGUUUCUGUGGGCAACAAUACAACGAAUGCCUGGUGUUUCUGGCUCAACAUGGCCCAACCGUAAAUUUGACAUCACAGACAUGAAUGCAAUUGCACGGAUGGUGAAGUGGCAGUGGCACGAGGGGUCAGAGGGUUCUCUGCAAGCAGUAUACCCAGAAUGUAAAGGCCACCAUGUCAGAUCAAUAUGUGUGUAUGGUGCAGGAGACCUGCAGUGGUUGACUGAACAGCAUCACCUUUUUGCCAAUAAGUUUGAUGCAGACAGAGAUCCCAUUGCUGUCUACUGCUUGGAGAAAUAUCUGAGACACAAGGCACUGAUAGAGUUAGUUUAGGUGAAGUGUUAAUUAAUUAUUAUGAAAGACAAUACUAAAAGAUAAUUAAACUAUA